GCUAAACCUUGAAUAAAGACAUGUUCUUCGACAUGGGUUUUUCCGGUUUAAAGUAGUUCAGUCUUUGUUUCCCCCUUAAACCGGGUUUGAGCUCAACCUUUUCUUCUUCUCACCGUAGAAGAACUCCAAGUGUUUGACGAAUUGACUGACAGAAACAGAGCAACUGAGUCAUGGAAGAGACUUUUGUGCCGUUUGAAGGAAUCAAGAAUGAUCUUAAAGGAAGAUUGAUGUGCUAUAAGCAAGAUUGGACUGGUGGAUUCAAGGCUGGAUUUAGGAUUCUAGCUCCCACCACUUACAUAUUUUUCGCGUCUGCGAUUCCUGUCAUCUCAUUCGGUGAACAACUGGAAAGAAGCACCGAUGGAGUUCUCACGGCUGUUCAAACCUUAGCAUCUACAGCCAUUUGCGGCAUGAUACACUCCAUUAUCGGAGGUCAGCCACUGCUUAUUCUUGGAGUUGCAGAGCCAACUGUGAUUAUGUACACAUUCAUGUUUAACUUUGCAAAGGCCAGACCUGAAUUGGGACGAGACCUCUUCCUGGCGUGGUCUGGAUGGGUUUGUGUUUGGACUGCUUUGAUGCUGUUUGUGUUGGCUAUAUGUGGAGCUUGUUCCAUCAUCAAUAGGUUCACUCGAGUAGCUGGAGAGUUGUUUGGACUUCUUAUUGCUAUGCUCUUCAUGCAACAAGCCAUCAAAGGGCUAGUCGAUGAAUUCCGCAUUCCUGAACGAGAAAAUCAGAAGCUGAAGGAGUUCUUACCUUCCUGGAGGUUUGCUAAUGGGAUGUUUGCUCUGGUUCUCUCCUUUGGCCUUCUUCUAACUGGACUUAGAAGUAGAAAAGCCAGAUCAUGGCGGUACGGAACUGGCUGGCUCAGAAGCUUGAUAGCUGACUAUGGUGUACCACUCAUGGUGCUCGUGUGGACCGGUGUCUCCUACAUUCCAGCAGGAGACGUUCCAAAAGGAAUUCCCCGGCGACUUUUUAGCCCAAAUCCUUGGUCCCCUGGUGCUUAUGGAAACUGGACUGUAGUAAAGGAGAUGCUUGAUGUUCCAAUCGUCUAUAUAAUUGGAGCUUUCAUUCCAGCAUCAAUGAUUGCUGUGCUUUACUACUUCGACCAUAGUGUUGCUUCACAACUCGCGCAGCAGAAAGAAUUCAAUUUGAGAAAACCGUCUUCUUACCACUAUGACUUGCUUCUUCUUGGGUUUCUGACAUUAAUGUGUGGUCUACUUGGAGUCCCUCCAUCAAAUGGUGUCAUUCCUCAAUCUCCAAUGCAUACCAAGAGCUUAGCAACUCUUAAAUAUCAGUUGCUUCGUAACAGACUGGUCGCAACAGCACGAAGAAGUAUCAAAACGAAUGCGAGUUUGGGACAACUCUAUGACAAUAUGCAAGAAGCUUACAAUCACAUGCAAACACCAUUAGUAUACCAGCAACCCCAAGGUUUAAAAGAGCUCAAGGAAUCGACAAUCCAAGCUACUACAUUCACCGGAAACCUCAAUGCUCCAGUUGAUGAAACUCUGUUCGAUAUAGAGAAAGAAAUUGAUGAUUUACUACCAGUUGAAGUCAAAGAACAACGGUUAAGCAACUUGCUUCAGGCUACAAUGGUAGGAGGAUGCGUUGCAGCUAUGCCUAUCCUUAAAAUGAUCCCAACAUCAGUCCUAUGGGGCUAUUUUGCCUUCAUGGCCAUCGAAAGCUUACCCGGAAACCAAUUCUGGGAAAGAAUCUUACUUCUGUUCACCGCCCCAAGUCGCCGCUUCAAGGUUCUUGAAGACUACCACGCGACAUUCGUGGAAACUGUUCCAUUCAAGACGAUUGCAAUGUUCACUCUUUUCCAAACGACUUAUCUCUUAAUCUGCUUUGGCCUCACAUGGAUCCCAAUCGCAGGAGUCAUGUUCCCUUUAAUGAUCAUGUUCUUAAUCCCCGUACGACAAUAUCUCCUCCCUAGAUUCUUCAAAGGAGCUCAUCUUCAGGACUUGGACGCAGCAGAGUAUGAAGAAGCUCCAGCUUUACCCUACAAUCUCGCAGCGGAAACGGAGAUUGGAUCCACAACAUCGUAUCCGGGAGAUUUGGAGAUUCUUGAUGAGGUUAUUACCCGAAGCAGAGGAGAGUUUAGACACACGAGUAGUCCUAAGGUCACAAGUUCAAGUUCUACUCCAGUCAAUAAUCGGAGUUUGUCACAAGUGUUUAGUCCAAGAGUGAGUGAAAUCAGGUUGGGUCAGAUGAGUCCUCGAGUCGUGGGAAAUAGUCCAAAGCCGGCGAGUCGUGGGAGGAGUCCCUUGAACCAGUCGUCAUCGAACUGAGAUUAUAUUCAGGAAGCUUAAUAAAAGAUACAAAAAAUC